AUGCUUUUUCGCUCUCUCUUGUCAACGGCUGUCAUAGCCGUUUCGCUAUGCGCAGACAACGUCUCUGCUGCGAAACAUGGACCUUUCGGAAGAAAGGCGCGUGACUCGCUGGCUAAGCGUAGCCCGCUGGGCACUCAAAAGCCAGGAAACCAUUCCACUGAGGAUUUCCGAUUCCUUGAUAAAAAGACGAAGCCCUACCUCGUGGAAAGUCUGCCCGAUGUUCCUUUCGAUAUAGGAGAGAUGUACUCUGGAUCUGUGCCGAUCGAAAAGGGCAACAGCUCCAAAUCCCUCUUCUUCAUUUUCCAGCCUAAGCUAGGAGAGCCAGUUGAUGAGAUUACCAUCUGGGUCAAUGGAGGCCCGGGCUGCAGCUCCCUCGAAGGCUUCUUCCAGGAGAAUGGCAGGUUCCUGUGGCAGCCGGGAACCUUUGCGCCUGUGGAGAACCCUUACUCCUGGGUGAACCUAACCAAUGUGCUCUGGGUUGACCAGCCUGUCGGAACCGGAUUCGCCUUGGGAACCCCAACUGCAGUCUCUCAGGAGGAAACGGCCAAGGAUUUCGUCGACUUUUUCAAGAACUUCCAAAAGCUUUUCGGAAUCAAGAACUUCAAGAUCUUCGUGACGGGCGAAAGUUAUGCAGGCCGUUACGUCCCGUACAUUUCUGCGGCGAUGCUGGACGAGGAGGAUAAAGAAUACUAUGACGUUAACGGUGCUUUGGUGUAUGACCCUUGUAUUGGACAGCACGACUACGUGCAAGAAGAAGUGCCCGCAGUGCCAUUUGUCCAGCAGAACGCCAACCUAUUCGGCUUCAAUGCCAGCUUCAUGGAGGAGUUGGAGAGUCUCCAUAAGUCCUGCGGCUACGCGGACUACCUGGAUCAAUACCUGGUUUUCCCUCCCUCGGAAGUGCAGCCCCCGAAAUCAUUCAACUUAACGAGCGAGGCCGACUGCGACGUCUUUGAUAUCAUCAACAACGAAGCCAUGCAGUCCAACCCUUGCUUCGACAUCUACGAAAUCAACCUGAUGUGCCCCAUCCUCUGGGACAUCCUGGCCAUGCCCACCGCACUGGACUACAAGCCCGCCGGCGCGACCGUAUACUUCGACCGCGACGACGUCAAGGCGGCCCUGCACGCCCCCAACAUCACCUGGUCCGCAUGCUCCACGGAAAGCGUGUUCAUCGGCGGCGACGCGGGACCGGAGGGCGAGGGCGAUAUCUCCGCCAAUCCGAUCGAGCACGUUCUGCCUCAGGUCAUCGAGGCGACGAAUCGGGUGCUCAUCAGCAACGGCGACUAUGACAUGAUCAUUCUGACCAACGGCACCUUGCUUGCCAUCCAGAACAUGACAUGGAACGGAGAAUUGGGCUUCCAGUCGGCCCCGACCACCCCGAUCGAGAUCACCCUGCCGGACCUCCAGUACAAGGAGGUGCUGGAGGAGAACGGCAUCUCCACCUGGGACGUCGGUCAGGGUGUUAUGGGCAUCCAGCACUACGAGCGCGGUCUCAUGUGGGCAGAGACGUACCAGAGCGGACACAUGCAGCCCCAGUACCAACCGAGAGUAACCUACCGCCAUCUUGAGUGGCUCUUGGGCCGGACUGAAUCAUUGUAA